AUGGUGUGCCCGCUGGCCAAGCUGGGCCGCGCGUCGCCCACGCCGUCGCCGUCGCCGUCGCCCGCCUUCGAGCCGUACCGCUACCAGCUGGAGCAGCCGCAGCAGCAGCCGCACCCCGGCUACCACCAGCCGUACCACGCCGUCGAGCACCAGGCCUACCACAAGCUCGGACACGCCUCCGCCGCCGACACCCAGGCGUACCAGCUCCGGGCGUCGCCGUCGUUGGAGCACCAAGCGUACCACCACAAGCUCGGGAGGUCGUCGCCGGCGCUGGACCACCGCCAGGGCUACCACCACCAGCUGGAGCAGAGUUACCACCUGCUGAGCCGCAGGUCGCCGUCGCCGUCGCCGCCGCCGCCCUGCUACCACCAGGCCUACCACCACAAGCUGGGCCGCGCGUCGCCGUCUCUCGACCAGGGCUACCACACCCUCGUCUCCCCCAGCCCGGGGCCCUCCACGCCGGGGCCCUGGGUCGAGCCUGCCAGCAAGACGAAGGCGUCGUCGUCGUCGUCGUCGUCGUCGUGCCGCAACCCGUGGGAGCGGCUGCCGGACGAGGCGGUGGUGCGCAUCUUCUCGUGGCUGGACGCGGUCGAGCUGAGCGCAUGCGCGCGCGUCUGCCGCCGCUUCAACGUGCUCGCGUGGCAGCCGCAGCUGUGGCGCGUCGUGCGCCUGCGCGGCGACCGCGUCUGCGCCGACAAGGCGCUGCGGGCAGUCCUCCGCAGGCUGGGCGUGCACGCGGCGGUGGAGCGGCUGCUGGUGAGCGACGGGGCGCGCGCCACGGACCGCGGCGUGGUGCUGGCGGCGCGCCGCUGCCCGCUGCUGACGCACCUCCAGCUGGCCGGCUGCGGCGCCAGCGUCUCCACCGGCGCCGUCGCCGAGGUCGCCACCCGCUGCGCCAACCUGCAGCACCUCGACCUCACCGGCUGCUGCCGCGUGUCGUGCAUCGGCGUGACGCCCGGCCCGGAGCCGCCGCGCCGGCUGCUGCUGCAGUACCUCGACCUCACCGACUGCCAGGCCGUCGAGGACUCGGGCCUGCGCGUCAUCGUACGCAACUGCCCGCAGCUCGUCUACCUCUACCUGCGCCGCUGCGUCCAGAUCACAGACGCGGGCAUCAAGUACGUGCCGAGCUUCUGCUCGAUGCUGCGAGAGCUGAGCGUGUCGGACUGCACGCAGGUGACGGACUUCGGGCUGUACGAGCUGGCCAAGCUGGGCGCGACGCUGCGCUACUUGUCGGUGGCCAAGUGCGACCAGGUGUCGGACGCCGGGCUCAAGGUGGUGGCGCGCCGCUGCUACAAGCUGCGCUACCUGAACGCGCGCGGCUGCGAGGCCGUCAGCGACGACGCGAUUGCCGUGCUGGCGCGCUCGUGCCCGCGCCUGCGCGCCCUCGACAUCGGCAAGUGCGACGUCAGCGACGCGGGGCUGCGCGCGCUAGCCGAGAGCUGCCCCAACCUCAAGAAGCUCAGCCUGCGCAGUUGCGACCUGGUCACGGACCGCGGCGUCCAGUGCGUCGCCUACUACUGCCGGGGCCUCCAGCAGCUCAACAUCCAGGACUGCCAGAUCUCCAUCGAGGGCUACCGCGCCGUCAAGAAGUACUGCAAGCGCUGUAUCAUCGAGCACACAAACCCCGGGUUCUUUUGAAUCGCGGUCUCGUCCAUUGGACAGCAUGGGUGACUGUCAAGGACUCGAGGAGCUGUUCUAAUAGUUGGCCCUGAACGUCACCUCCCAUUUGGGCACUAGGUGUCAGUGCCAAAAUAAAGAGCAACCAGACUAAAACUCUCUCCUGUCACCAUCAAGUACUGUGAUAACCUUGUAAGAAGUACACACACCAUCAAAAUUACUGCAAGCACACUGCAUAAUCGAGUACAUCAAUCUGGAAUUCUUCAGAACUGCACUCUGCUGCGAUGGAUUUACUUCAGCACUGGCGACUCUCUAGGACUCCCUUGAAGAACUGCUCCAUGAAUUGUCCCAAUACAUCACCUGUCACUUUGGCAAUACCUAUUAGUGGCAGAAUGGCAAGCAUCUUACAUCAUUAGCCUACCUCCCAUCAAAUGCUGUGAUAACCUUGAGAAUUACAGUAAAAAGUUCCAAAGAUGUAAAGAAGUAUUGCAGAUGCCCUUCAUCGAGCACACCACCCCAGUCUUCUUCUCAACUGUGGUCUGGUCCACUAAGUGUACAUCAGCAUGAGCUAUUGUCAGUGACAGCCUUGAGAAACUCCUGUCGUUUGGUUACAAUGCGUCAGUGAUGGAGUCUUUCAGCCAACAACUUUGUCCUAGCACUAUUACAUAACGUGAUAAAUUUAGACUUAUUCUAAGAAGUCCAUCACUACAUUCACACGCAGAUCGACAGGACAAUCUUACCAUCAGUAUGGUAGGUAGGGAUCACCGUCAGAGGAUUAUGACUUUGAGUGAGCCCUGUCAACUCAGCUGCUCAUUGAGUAGCAAACAGUUGUUAGGACGAGGAAGGAGCUUCAAUAGUGAAUGUAUUGAUUUCGUUUGGAUAAGCAUUAUCAGUUGUAAAACUGAGACACUAAAAAAAAGGAAGGAAAAAAAGCUGAGUACUCUGGCACUUGUUAAAUUUGGUGUUUUGUGAAACUACAGCACCCUCAAAAGAGUUCUCUGUCCCAGAAGUAUACUGCAAGUGAACAAAACAUAUUUUGAACCUGACAGACAUGUUGCUGAAUGUAACAUAUGAGGAAAGGGGCUAAAUAUAUCAACUGAUCUGAUGAACAUCAUUAUUCAGGGAAGCUGCAGUGACCAAAAUUUAACGAUUGACUACAUUCUGUACAUUGCCAUGUUGUGGUGGCGCACUGUUAGUAAUAAUGCGACUGACACUGGACUUGCAGGCAUCGUGACUAUGUUUAUUGCAAAUGCUAUGAAUAAUUCGAAUCAUCAUCAUGCACGUUGUUUCUGGGUUCUUAUGCAUCCAGUUAUUUAAAAAUAUAGUUAAAUUCAGCCAAUAAUCGUUGAAACCAAGGAAAGAAAAUAAGAAACUGUACAACAGCUGUUUUAUUGAACACAUAAGCGAGUUCUACUUUCACCACAACCAAGUGCACUGUCCAUUGGCCAACUAUCAUUCUUCUCCCUUUCUUCGCAGUAUUACAAGGCAUACAAUUUCAUAACUUUGAACUUAAUAGCGUUCAAAGCUAAUACACUUUCACUUCUGACACAAAGAGCAAAGUUGCUUCUAGUGUGAUUUCAAAUGGAAUGUGAUAACACACUGAUCAAUUUAACAUAAACAUGUGUGUGAAAUACCUUUGCUGUUAUGGCACUUGUUCCAAAAGAUUUGUGGGAGUUUUUAAUAAACUGUUUUGAACAUCAGGGUUGGAAUGCCUUCCAAAGGCUGCAAAAAUAUAAGAUGGCAUCUGGUUAACAGUAUACAUAUUUCUUUUCUUGAGGCGUUUUUUGAGUAAUUUAGUCAAUAGAGGACGAGAUUUUACAUAUUUGCUGAUUUUAACAAACUAUGAUGUAAAAAUAAUCUCCAUGAUUCAGUAACACGCCUAUAAAUCACUGUAUUCUUUAAUGAUUUAGCUCACAUCUGUAGUGAAUCUGUUCAGCAGCGCUGAGUGUGUUGAGCAAAUACAAAAAUUGAAUCCCUGGAUCAACUCACAUCCAUAAACAUAGAAAUAAGUGAUGUGGUUUGGUGCAGGCAAUGUAAUGUAUCACCAGACUGGUUCCUCUGUCCUUGUGCAAAGUAAAAGCUACUGAGAUAUACAUUUGUUGAAAAGCAGCUACAGAAGUCGUCAUCAAGCAAGUUUCAUUUUUCUCUUGUGUCAGUAAUGAGUUUUAGGCAGCCACACAUAACUUAUUUCACUCCUAACAAAUUUAUGAUUGAUGCUGUUAUUAUUUAUGUACUGAUAAACUGUGUGUUCAAAUGGAAAAAAGAUUCCAUAACUGAUAUAGAAGAUAUCUGAUAUUCUCUUUAUUCUCUUUAGCUAUAUCAAGAAGAUGUAGGUUAAUACUGAGACCCCCAUCAGAGAGUUAUAUUAAGAAUCAAACAACUAUUUCAUUUUACCAAUUGUUCGGUAGUUGUCAGCUUUUUACAGCAAUUGGGUAAAUGGAAAGGUACUUUACACCAUACUACUCCAUGUAAUUUAUUUAACAAAUGUUUAAAAUACACAUACUGAAAUAAAUAAAUUACAAUAAAAGAAUUUUGCAUAUGUAUUGACACAUCAUACUAAUGCUAAUGAAAAUUGAAUUCAGUUACAUUUGUUAUGCUCAGACAGAGUAAAGUUUCGUUUCAUUUAUCCCAAGAACAAAUGCAGGAUUUAUCAGCAUUUGAUGAAAUAGUCUUCAAUUUUCUUGUAUUAUUUGUCUUUGAAUUUAUGUAAAUACAAGUGUCUCAAAAAUAUUUUAUGUAAUUUUUUCUUGUUGUGAAUGCUAUACAACAGAAACUAUUAAGAAAAAAUUACACUUAUGUCUGUUGAAGUGGAAGGGCAAAUAUGUAUGACCAGUGUCCUUAUCUGUAUUAUAAACAAUGUCAAGUCACUAAUUUAACUGUUUAUGAUAUGUGGACUUUUUAAAAAGACUGCCUGUUGUUUCUUCCAUUACAGCCUCUGCUAUCACUUAUUUCCAUUAUUAUUAUUGAUUGAAUGUUCAUAAAAUCCACCAGAACAAAAACCAAAUAAAAGAAACAGGCUUAUCUUCAACAAUUUGUUAAUCAUUUCUUUCAGACAGAUAUAAACUUGAGUUGAUUUAUAGAGUAUUUGCAUCAUUAUACCAUUUAAACUUAAUCUCUAAAAUAGUAUAUCUAUCAUUAAGAUUUUUCAUACCAGCUCUUUACUUUCAUUUCACCACAUGAACAUAUCUUACAAUCAUUUAUUCUCUAACACUCUUCUCAGUAAAGUCAUAUGCAUUAUAUCUAGGAUGCAUGCCUCAAAUGUUGCUUCAUUAUUGUAUCCUUAUAUAGCAGCUAACCUUCAAGUCUAAACUCUUUGCUUCUCAUGUGAUAAUGCUCUAGUAAAUACAUUUGCACAGUAAGAUUAGUGUGCUAGUCUGCAAUGACAAAUUUGUCAAUAUCUUAAGGGAUUAAAUCAACACCUAUACUUGCUUGGUUAUGAAGUAAGAUUGUGACAUAUGUUUAAAGGACUUCUGCAAGAAAAUUAAUUCUGUAUUUAUCUGUUUACAUGACACUAAAUGGGGAAUAGAGUGUACUUUUUUAAAUUACUGAUGUAGUAAACAACAGUACUGUAACAGUGGUAGACAAUUGAUGUCCUGAGAAAGUGUCAGUGCCAGAAGUACAAUUACAUUCGCAUACAACCAGCUCUAGUGAAGCAUAUUUCAGUGGAAAUAUUGCCAACAUAUCUUUAAGGAAAAGUGGGGCACAUUCCUUUUGAAAGACACUAGUUUGAUGAAUAAGAAUAAACGUUAUUUUGGACAGAUUUUUGUAAAAAGGACUACCAAAAACCUAGUGAAGGCUGAUAUUAAACCUGCAAUAUAACUUAUUUUUACUAUAUGUUUGUAAUUAUUUUUAAUAAAUAUUUGUAACAACAUGUACAUGUUAAAGAAUGUAUAAAUGUAUAGGAUCUGGCAGAAACUUAAAAUGUAUAUAACUGAAGGAAAAUUGUAAAUA